UUGUUUCAACGGCGCUUGGGAUAUUGCUUUACGGUUUCCCAGCGGCUCGGCCGUGCGCUGACGCAUCGUUCGUACACCGCUGAGGCAGCCGAGGACACAGGUGAUUACGAGACCCUGGAGUUUCUGGGUGAUGCGGUUCUGGGGUUGAUUCUGGGUACCUACCUGUACGAACGUUAUCCCCAUUGCAAUGAGGGCCAACUGUCGCAAAUGCGCUCGCGUCUGGUGAGCGAGAUCAGCUUGGCCGGCUUGGCGCGUCAGAUCGAUCUGGGAGACUUCCUGCUGCUCGGGCGGGGCGAAGAGAGUUCAGGCGGACGCCAGAAGGACUCCUUGCUGGCUGCCGCGCUUGAGGCGGUGCUUGCUGCCUUGUAUCUCGACGCUGGCUUGCAGCGCGCCCAAGAGGCUUUCCUGAGUUGCUUUGCCGAAGCCAUCAAGCGGCGCUUGGCCUCGCCGCAGGGCCAGGAUUACAAAGGGCUCCUCCAGCAAAAGGGGCUCGGAGCUUUCGGCUGCGUGCCGACCUAUCAGACCGUCCGCGAAGAAGGCCCCCCACAUCAAAAAACGUUUCACGUGCGGCUGAGUCUGACACCCGAGUAUGACUGCAUCGGCAUCGGCCCGAGCAAAAAAGCCGCCGGGCAAGACGCGGCUGAGCAGCUUCUCAGGCUGUUGCGCCAGCAUGACAUCUGA